AUGCGGACCCUGUGGAUCCUAGCCAUCCUGUUGGCGUUUCAUGUAGGCGCACUUGGCCAGCUGGAAACACCCCCCGUGGUGGGAAGAAUUCCUGCUGUCCUACCUGUGCCACCCCCACUACCCUCUCAGCUCAGUCUGCAACCUGUCCCCCUUAAUGUGCUAAGUACACCCGUCCUCAGAAGUUCCUCAACCCAGAGAAGCUCUCCUCUCAGAAGACCCCCAACUGGGACCCCAAGACCCAAGUGUGCACCCUCGGCCAGGUACUUCUUGUCUAGCAGCAAGCUCGAUGACUAUCUGAAGACCAGUCUGCCUCCACAGAUCAAGCAGCUGGUGAAGUGUGAGGAGGUUAACUUAGCCGGCCUAGUUGGAGCUGUGUUAUCCACACUGACCGAGUCCAACCUGUUAUCACUGUUAAACCUCAGUUCCAUCCUAAAUAUGGGAAGUGCCCUUGGCAUUGGUGGUCUUUUAGGCCAGGAAAGUGGUGGCAAAUCCAGUCUCCCAUUGCUGUCCAAAGCCACUGGUGUUUUUGGUGGCCUGCUCCCGCUGGGUCAGGAGAACCUGGGAAACCUACUUCCCGCAGCCCUUGGUGGAGACAAGAAUCCUGCCAAAGGACUCCUCGACAGUGUUAGUCUCCCCAAUCUCCAGCAGCCCCUGAAUGACGUGGUCAGAAAAGUUGGUGACCUCAAAGAGUCUACCCAGAAGGCACUGAAGGGAGCCCUGCCACCAGGCAUCAGCAAUGCACUCUCAGACAUGCUGGGAAAUGCCAACUUAGAAAAACUCUUGAUCAACCGGAACUGGCUCUUGAUGCUGUCACUUUGCAGUUUACAGAUCCAAAAAGUAAGUGUGGAUAAUGUGGAUUCAACCAUGACAGGAGAAGGGAUCGAUGUCCAGGCUGCAACUACUGCCACCGUUGGUGGAGAAGGCCUAAUUGGACCUGUAGUCAGUUUGGUAGGAUUUAAACUAUAUUUGGAUGUGACUCUGAAUAUGGCUCUUUCCACAAACCACACCCAAUGCAUUGACCUCGAGGUCCAGAAAACCGAUGUCCAGGUCAAAAGUGUGAGUCUUCAGAUAGUAGAGACGGUCACAGAAAUUUUGCCCGUCCCUUUGCCUCUGCCCUUGGAUAAACUCGUCCCUAAACUGUUGACAGUAAAGAUAAUGGAGAACAUUGAGAAGUCAAAUUCCUGUGGCAUCGCUCUCAGUGACUUCAAUGAUUGCAAGAACUCUACUGGAUUGUUCAAAUACCAAGUAAAAGGCGCCAGAAUUUCCUACCAAGGACUUUCCAUCCUCUAUUGUUCUCCCCAACUGACAGAGAUUUUUCUGUUUUUCUCUCUCCAGGCCAAAGCUCUCUUUGACAAAAACACAGUCCCUGUGCCAGAAGGUUUUCUCCCUCCAGAUCCUAAAGAUGUCAACAUUUCCCUAAUUAUGUCUCAAUUAAUGAUCAGAAAAAUUGUCACUCAUGUUGCCAAGCAGAGCUCUGUCCAGGCAAAUAACCUGGACGCAGUUAUCACCAAAGUAACCUACACCUUCCAGGAUGACAAUACGAUCCAAACCAUAUACUGGGUUAAGAUAACAAAGGACGGGGAGAUCUUUGCUACAGGGAAAACGACAUUACUCAUCUCACAUUCAGGCAAGAUUUCACAAAACAAACUGAUAGAAGACAUCACGCUGAUCAGAUCUGAGCACAGUGUGAACCCCCCUCAGGCUAAGGACGAGGUGCAAGGUGUGAUGCUAGAAGUUUUGAAGAAGUUUUGGACAGGUGUUAAUGCAUACUUAAAACAAGUGAACAUACCACCAGGCGUGUCCUCAUUUACUCUAAGUAAUGCCGAGGUUAAGGUGAUGAAAUCGAAUGAUCUUCUGGCAACAAACUGA